UAUUUGAUAUUAAAUACUAAGUGACAGACAAUUGUUUCAAAUAACCUAUUGUUUUGAUACAGUUGUCUGUGUGUUAGCCCCGAACCCCCGGACAACACCCGAAACAAUGGCCACUAAUAGCAUUGCCAACACCGACGAGGAAGAGGAUGAGGAGGUCGACGAUUAUAUGUCGGACGCGUUUAUACCUAAAGACAAUGAUGUCCGGCCAUCGCUUCUCUAUAGUCACAGUCAACGCGUCAAACACGACAAUCUGCUGAGGAAACAGAUAACCGAUACGAAACCGAAAAGUUUUUACAAAGACAUGGAGUCGCGGCUACGGGAAGAAGCAAUGAACACACCGUUAGAUCACACCAACCGUGGCUUUAAACUCUUAGAAAAGAUGGGUUUUAAAGCGCCGCCACCACUGCAACCGUCCGAACCGGGAGUUUCCUCACGCGAACAAUCGGUAAUUGUAUCGAAAGUCAAUUUGGCGUCAAAUGAUGGCACCAAUACUACUUCGGUUACGACUACCGCUACCACUGAAUCAUUGACAACAGCAUCAACAGUACUGAUGACAGAUAGUAGGAAAGGUUUGACCGCUAGAGAGCCAAUCAGAAUUGAGAUCAAAAAUGAUCGAAAAGGAUUGGGAUCGGUUGCCAUACGACCGAAUGAGACCAAUAAAAAACGACAAACAAUCGACGAUAAGAACUUAGAAGAAGAGUUUAGGUCACAUAAGAGGUCCCGAAAGCAGUCGUUUUUGAUGGCAAAAGAUUUGAGAACUGCUCAGAAGUGUUGUAAAAAUCUUGAUAUUGAUUCCGGUUUAGAUGAAAAACUAUUUUUGGAUCAAACUGUACGACCAAAAUGGUUUUGGCCGCCAAUCGCCGAACAAAAUUCAGGCUCUGGUGAUGAUGAAGGUAUCGGCGGCGGAGGGGAUGAGGAAGAAAAGGAUGAAGAUCUAGAAGAAUCAAUUGAAGACAAACUAAAACAUAUAAAUGAAUAUCUGAGAGAAAAAUAUUUCUACUGUAUUUGGUGUUCAAUCAAAUUUAAUGAUAACAAUGACUUGAAUAAUAACUGUUUGGGUGAAACCAGAGAUGAUCACCAAUAGAUAUACACAAAUCACAUACUGCUGUAUACCUUAUAGACUAUAUAUUUUGUAAUAU